ACGAAAUAAGCUGAAAAUGGCGGCACCAGAAAGCGUUGUCGAAGACGACGAAGCAUGGCUGUAUGGAGACUCAGAAGAAAAGGAUGAAAAGCCGGAAAUUGCUAAAGGGGUGCCUGGUCGCCGCGAAUCUGGGGUUAAGGGGCCUGCCGACAAAGAGGCUGGUGAGCUGGUGAGUGGAGACGGAAGUGGCGAGGAAGAGCAGGCUGAUAAGAAUGGCCAGACAGAAAAGCCUGAAGGGGAUGAAGCUGAGAAUGGCGGGGAUGCUGUAGAGGGGUCAGAUGAUGACGAUGACGACGAUGAUGAUGUACAGGUUACUAUUGGAGAAAUCAAGACUGGACCUGCUGUCUAUGAGGCCCCAAGGAAUCUUUUCAAGAGCUCUGGGACAUACCAAAAACCAGCAGCAUCUACACAGAAAGCUCCGUCUAAAGGUUUAGACCUUGAGUCUCAAGGGUCCAUCAACGGUACACCUGUCUAUGAGUUUGACCUGGACAGUCUGCAAGCUGAUGACAAGCCAUGGAGAAAACCAGGUGCUGACAUCACAGAUUACUUCAACUAUGGGUUUAAUGAGGACACUUGGAGGCAGUACUGUGAGAAACAGCGGAGGUUGAGGAUGGAGUUGGGAGAUAGAAAGGGAUUUAUCCCAUCCACACCAGUCAGUAGACCGUCAACCAAAGAGGGAUCCACAACAUCAUCGCCUUCCACAUCAGCGGUCACCCCCUCCAACAAAGACCUCUUCAGAUCAGCUCAACCUCCCCCCAACAGAAAGAUGUCUGGCACAAUCGAUGUUAUUGGUAGUACAGCCAGAGACUCACGCAGACCCAGUGCUGCGGCUGAGCCAAUCACAACCACUGAUUCAUCCAACUAUCGGCGGUACCCAGCGGGUCCCCCACCCCCAGGCAUUCCACCCCCUUUGCACCCUCCAGACUACAGCAUGCCACCCCCAGGUAUGCCUCCUCCAGGCAUGGCCCCUCCAGGUGUGCCGCCUAUACCGGGUGUCUCUGUGCCACCCCCUGGGUACUCUGCACCACCUGUCAGUUCCUAUGACAAUUUAGUGUAUUACCCGCCCCCAGGGUCAGGACCUCCCGCUGACAGGAGCAGCAGUUCAUACGAAAACCGGACGACGUAUCCUUACAAUACCCAAUACAACACACCAUACAAUUCCACACCCUCAUGGGAUUCCAGGCCAACAGAGUACAACUGGAACUAUGAAAACCGCAGGGGAAGUCCCGACUCAGACUCAGAUUUUAGUGUUUCUGAUGAGGAGAGGGAUUACAGAUAUUCCGGCAGCUCUUCUAGCAGGAGGGAUUAUUAUGAUAGGGGGGAUAGUCGGGACUCAUAUUAUCGUGACCGUGAGAGGGACCGUGACCGAGAUAGGGACAGGGAGCGAGGACGAGAGCGUGAUCGGGACAAGUCACGGGAUCGAGACAGGGACCGUAGUCAUAGAGACCGUGAUCGCUCAGAGCGAGACUCUGAAAAACACAGGUCAUCUCGCAGGAAAGCUCGGGAUGCUGGAGAAGAAGAGAGUGAUCAUCACAGAUCAAAACACAAGAAAAGUAAACGUUCUAAAAGAGACCGCGAAGAGGAAAACAUGGAAACCACCACAGCUACAGAAGAGGCAGCUGCGUAAGAGGGGGUAACUCUGCUGGACUUGUUAAUCUGCCUCUGUUCCAACAGUGCAACCAUAUUUAUGAACAGCCACUCUUCUGGAAAAGUCAGUGACACGCUUUUGAUACACAAACCUAUUGGAGAUCUUGUUUCUUGAAAGAAAACUCAAUUUUCAGACUGCUGUAUGAGUAUCGACUUAGGUUAAAGUUCGAGCUGGAACUUGAGGUUAUAAGAAAUGGAGCCAGUACCCCAGUUCACUUCAUUGUUGUGGUGUAUGUAGGUUUGAGUAAAGCGUUCAUAAACACUGUCCGUGAGUGAUCACCACGGAUUCGUAAACCCGCUUCUCUGUUGUCAUCCAAUCAUAAGCUGUCAUCAAAUAAUGUAAAUAUUUCCAUUUUGGUAG